UGAGUUGAGUGGCUACAGGGUCACAAUAUAAAGAGAUAGCAGAGGUUCAGUGCAACAGUGCUUCAGGUCUGAUUUGGCAUCCACCAAUCUGUCUGGGAAAUACUUUGAAUAUAGUUUGCCAUGGCUGUUGGGUGCAUUCUCAGAGUGUCUUGGUUUUGUUUGUUGCUGUUUGGUAGCAGUCUUCCUUUUCCAUCAAUGAAGGGUUACAGCUAUACCUCCAAGACUGACCAACCUGAAAUUGGGGGUGAUAGAGAUGACAAGCUACAAACUUCUCAUACUCUGAGGUUUGAGGCAUAUAGCCAAGCAAAAGGAUAUUCAGACCGAAGCAAAAAAGUCCCACUAGCUGCAGCUCCAAAGCAGGCACCGUUGAACCCCGAGGAAGGGCCGGGGAUCCAGGGAGGCAGAGCUGUGGAGUUUGGACAGAAGAAUGCUGAGAUGGAAGACCAGAAACUUGUAAAGCCAAUGACAUUCCCUCUAAACCCUCCCAACCAGCAUGAUGACUCUUUUGAGGAGAAGUGGGGCAGCACUAAGCCUCAGUUCCCUAAGCCUUCUACCAAACCAUCUUCAGAACUGGCAGGCUCUGACCUUAUCCCGUCUACUCCAUAUCUGUUGAUGGACGUUGGUGCAUUCAGUAGUGAUCCUACUUUGGAGUCGAAACAAGUGUCUAAAAGUGGCCGGUACUUUAAUCCUACCCAGAACCUCAACUUCCCGGCUGGUGAACGAGAGGGCUCCCAAAUCUAUGCGGACCAGCCAAGCAGUUUGUCCUAUGCUACCUACAGGACCGGAGGAGGGGAGCCGGUAUUCUCCAUUAAUUCAGGUAACAUCGCCCCGGCAGGUCCGACAGUCAGUGCACAGACUCUGCAGGCUGACGCAGUGUCUAGAACUGACGCUAAAGGGGGUUACUCUAGCUCUGCACUGUACCUCGAUGUCCAGGCUGGUUCCCAAAGCUACUCCCCUAACCUGGUCUAUGAGGAUGUUUUUCAGUACCCUGCUGCUGAAACUGCACAGCUUCCUUCAGAAGAGAGUGACCUCUCUGACUACAACUCUGUGAAUGUGGUCCAGCCCAGCACUUGGUCUUCUGCUCCCCACAUGACUAGAGAGGAGCCGGUAUUAAGUAACUGGGCCCAGGCCGCUCCGAGCAUUAGCGCACAGACUCUGGAGGCUGAAGCAGUACCUAGUACUGACACUAAAGGGGGUUACUCUAGCUCUUCAUUGCACCUUGACCUCCCAGCUGGUGUACAAGAAGGUUCACAAAGCUAUUCCCCUAACCUUGUCGAUGAGGACUUUUCUCAAUACCCUGCUGCUGAAACUGCACAGCUUUCUUCACCAGAUGAUGACCCCUACACCUAUGACUCUGUGAAUGCGGAACAGCCAAGCAGUUGGUCCUCUGAUUGUUACAUUACCAGAGAAGAGCCGGUACUCUGCAGUAAUGCAGGUAAAGUGGCCCCGACAGCGCAGACCAUUAGUGCACCGUCUCUGCAGGUUAAUGCAGUGUCUAGUACGGACACUAAAGGGGGUUACUCUAGCUCUUCACUGCACAUUGACCUCCCAGCUGGUGUACAAGAAGGUUCACAAAGCCAUUCCCCUAACCUUGUCGAUGAGGACUUUUCUCAAUACCCUGCUGCUGAAACUGCACAGCUUCCUUCACCAGAUGAUGACCCCUACACCUAUGACUCUGUGAAUGCGGAACAGCCAAGCAGUUGGUCCUCUGAUCGUUACAUUACCAGAGAAGAGCCGGUACUCUCCAGUAAUGCAGGUAAAGUGGCCCCGACAGCGCAGACCAUUAGUGCACCGUCUCUGCAGGUUAAUGCAGUGUCUAGUACGGACACUAAAGGGGGUUACUCUAGCUCUUCACUGCACAUUGACCUCCCAGCUGAUGUACAAGAAGAUUCACAAAGCUAUUCCCCUAACCUUGUCUAUGAGGAUGUUUUUCAAUACCCUGCUGCUGAAACUGCACAGCUUCCUUCAGAACAGAGUGACCUCUCCGACUACAACUCUGUGAAUGUGGUCCAGCCAAGCACUUGGUCUUCUGCUCCCUACAUGACUAGAGAAGAGGAGCCGGUUUACGUCAGUAAUUCAGGUGACUGGGCCCAGGCAGCGCCGACCAUUAGCGAACAGACUCUGGAGGCUGAAGCAGUACCUAGUACUGACACUAAAGGGGGUUACUCUAGCUCUUCAUUGCACCUCAACUUCCAAGCUGGUGUACAAGAAGGUUCACAAAGCUAUUCCCCUAACCUUGUCGAUGAGGCUGUUUAUCAAUACCCAGCUGCUGAAGCUGAACAGCUUUAUUCAGAGGGGGUUGACGCCUCCAAGUAUGACUCGAUGAACGCAGUCCAGCCAAGCACUUGGUCCUCGGCUUCCUACAUGACCAGAGAAGAGGAGCCGGUAUUCUCCAGUCAUACAGGUCACCGGGCCCAUGCUGCUCCUGUUGAAACCCCUGCCUACCCAAGCUAUGUGGCUGAUUUCGGCUUGGACUCGACUUCAAGUAAAGCCGCUGCACAACCAGUCCUCUUCAAGCCACCGAAGAAGGCUCCUCAGCUUCCCAGCUCCAAGUGGCUUCAGAGGCCAAAGAAGGUGCGGGACCAGACUGCAUCUACCUACAUUGUCCAAUCCAAGGGCUCAUACCGCCGAAGCCGCCAGAUGUUAUCCAAGAAGAAGUACUUCAGCGGUUUCCCUCCACCGCCCCCAUCCGUGCUUAUGGCUCUGAGACCGUAAGGGGUCAAUGGUGACCACUUGGCCUUCAAUCAAUUGUGAAUUUUUCCCACUUGCUUAUGGAUUUCUUCACUGACUAUACCUUCAGUAAUGCUUAACACUUUCAGCAUAAAAGCUUGUUCCCUGAAAAGAAUAAACUAAAUGUAACUAUUUAA